AUGGAUCAAACAACAACAAGUAUUAAUAGUUUUACGACGACUGACAGAGAAUUGGAAAACAAUUUGAAAGACCUGCUUGAGAGAAUCUUGAUUUAAGUAGAAAAGCAUAUAGAAACGAAAGAAGAGUUAAAUUAAAUUGAAUCAGAACUGAAAGAUUAUGAAAGUUUAUCACAUUUGGUUGGGAUAAUUAAGGUCAUAUUCACAAAAAUGAUGCUGAAAAUUGAGAAGAAGAUUUAGUAAGUAAAAUAGAUUCAUGCUAUCAAUAGAAAAUUAGAAAAAUUCAAUGAUCCUACGUAAACCAGAUUUUCAAGAGAUGAUGAUGAAUAUGAAAAAUUAGAAUAGACUUUAAUCAAGUAUGAACAAGAAAUCAGAAAGCAUAUAAGUAUUGAAUAAUAAUUGAAACUAUAUGCUGAAUCAAUAUAAACUAAAUUGGAUGAAAGCGAAGAAAUACGUCAAGAAUUGUUAGAAACAACUAAAAAUAACAUAAGUAAAUUGAAGAGAGAAAAUCAAGAAUUACACGAGAAAGAGCAAUCUCUAUAAUAAGAACUUGUUUAACUAAAAUAAACCAUUUUUUAAUUUGAAAAGGAAAGCAAAAGAAAAUAGAUCGAAGUUAAUCAAAGAGAAUACCUCUAAAAUUUAAUUUAUAAAUAAGCCAAUCAAUCCUCAAAUAAAUGUGGAAAUUAGAAGUUAUUUUAAGAGCCAAGAUAAUCCAAUUCGCAUUCAGAACAUAAAUUAACUGGUAAUCAUGUAAUGAAAGAAUCAUUGGAGACGAGUGACAUAGUAUUACCAACUCAACAACCAUAAAAAAACAAUUAUUAUAGUAUUUUAGGAAAUGCUAACAAAUAAAAAAAGUCAGAUAUGAUCAAAUCGCUUUAAUAACGAGAUUUUAAUAAGAUCUAUGGGUAGAUAAUGAGAACCAAACAUAAUUCCUUAUCAUCAAUCAAUGACAUCAUGUUAAGUAUCUCUCAGCAAGAAAGAAAGAGAAUUGAAAAAGUUUAUUCGGUCUCAAAAAAUAGUUCCUAAAAUAGCAGUGUGAUUCAAAGACCAAAGGAUCACAAUGAAUAUCAGUAGAGAAGCAGAAGUUCCAAAAGAGCUGAAGAUACAAUAAAGUACAAAACCCUUGAUUCUUUAAUACAGUUGAAGUGA